AUGAGUUCUAGUGAAAAUAUCACCAAUGCAUCGAAUACAAUCCAAGCUGAUGAACAGCCAGCCAGGUACAUCUCAUUUCUAGAGCAACAGCAUAAUCCUGUUAAUGCACAUGUGUCUGAAGAUUCGACGAUCGACAAUAAAGAUACAUUGCCAAUUUUGGAUGAAUGCCAAGUAGAACCAUCAGCAUCCUGUGUCUUUUUAUGUACCAAUAUGCAUGCACGUUACUCAGUUGCUCUGUGGUGUUUCUUUGGUUUCUUUUGUUUAUAUGCAAUGCGAGUGAAUCUGUCAGUGGCUAUUGUUGCCAUGGUAGCACCACAAAGUUCUUUAAAUCAAUCAGUUGAAGCGUGUCCUGUAGUUCAUACAAAUUCGACAAAGCCUCCAGCAAAACAUGAAUUCGAUUGGAAUCCAAAUAAACAAGGUUUGGUUCUCGGAGCAUUUUUCUAUGGUUAUAUUUCUACGCAAAUAAUUGGAGGAAAUCUAGCAGAGAGAUUCGGCGGGAAAUGGAUCUUUGGUGGAGGAAUAUUAAUAUCUAGUAUUCUGACCCUUUUGACGCCACUAGCUGCUCGUAUUAAUUAUAAACUACUCAUUGCUAUCAGGGUAAUCAUCGGCAUGGCAUCUGGUCCAGCGUUUCCAGCAGCUGCAGCUCUCUGGGGCAAAUGGAUACCUACCGCUGAACGUAGUAGUAUUCCGCCAGCAGCUCAAAGUGGUACUAGUAUUGGUAUAAUAUUUACGACACCAUUAGUUAGUAUAAUGAGUGAAGAUGGAUUCAUUGGCGGAUGGCCAUCGGCAUUCUAUGUUUUUGGUAUUGCGUCAUGUAUAUGGUUUAUUGGUUGGUGUUUUUUCAGUUUCAAUUCUCCAGCUGAGCAUCCACGUAUUUCAAAAGAAGAACGUAAUUUUCUACGUGAACAUAUACCACAUCAUCCUCUACGAAAUCGAGUUACACCAUGGAAGCAAAUUGCUUGUUGUCCAUCGGUUUAUGGUAUUGCUAUAAAUCAUGUUUGCUUCAAUUUUAUUUUUUAUACUUUAUUAACAUCAUUACCGACUUAUUUUUCCACAAUACUUAAUUUUAAUUUACAUCAGAAUGGCUUUAUUUUUGCCUUACCUUAUUGCGCACAAUUUUUAACAAUUAUUGCCGUUGGUCAAACCGUUGAUCGUUUACGAGCACGCAAAUUGUUCUCUAUUACAACCCUCCGAAAAGCACAAGCCAUCAUUGGUACUGUUGGCUCGUGUUCCUGUUUGGUAGCUAUUGGCUAUAUGAAUUGCAAUAAAAUUGCUGCAGUCGUUUGUUGCAUUCUUGCUGUUGGUUUUCUUGGCGCACAAACCAGUGGCCCAAUUAUUUCACAUCUUGAUAUUGCAUCGAAUUAUGCUGGAACAAUUCUUGGUAUUACAAAUUCAUUGGCAACAAUACCAGGAUUUGUUGGUCCAUAUCUUGUUGGAGCUAUUACAAAUAAUAAUCAAACAGUUCAUGCUUGGCGUCUAAUAUUUAUUAUUUCAGCCGGUAUUGGUGCUUUUGGAUGUCUUGCUUUUUGUAUUUUAUUUAAUGGCGAAGAAAAACCAUGGAAUCGAAUAGAACAUGAAGAUGGUACAAAUGAAUCAACUAGUUGA